AUGUUACUAACGAAAUCCAAUCAUUCACAAUCGAUACCAAUGAAAAAGCAUGAAGAAGAUGCUUUCUAUUCGAUCAGCUAUCUGAUUACACAAUUAUGUUUAUAUCACAAUGAAUACAUUGCUGUAUUCUAUGGACGAUUUUUAGAUGAGAUCCCUCCUGUCACGAGUAAACCAAAUAUUAGAGAUGAAACCAUCCAUUAUUCUACUGGAAAAAUUAAGGACAUAACAGAAAAGCCUAACUUGAAAACCGCUCGUCUUUAUCCAAGUGCACCAAAAGCACGUCCCAUGGAGAAAAAUUCAAUGAAUCUAGAAAUGAUUCCUCGACCAAAAAAACAUCCAAAUCAAUUAACAGUAGUUGUUAAGAAACCACCAACAUCAACAUCAACUACAACAAAAUCUUCUUUUGAAAAUUUACCAAUCAAAACAUAUCAAGAUAUAUUUCUCACCGGCAUAUUUUUUGACAAACUUCGACGUGGAAUUGAAAAUCUCUCUGAAAUGGACUAUCCUCCCUAUCAUGUUAAAUAUAAAGUCAUCGAUCGACUAGUUCGUCUCUGCUCUAAAAUAAACAUUGUCCAGCCAAUAUGUGAUUCGAUUGUAAAAUGUUUAUGUUCAAAUAUGUAUUAUCAAAUGUUUACAACCAUCGAACUAGGACAAAUUCGUCUUACACCCAAACAAUUAUUCUUUAUCUAUCGAUGUCCUCAAGUAAUUAUUCGGCAUGAACUCAUACCACAAGAAAAAAUUCUAAAAUUGUUGUGUCCAGUAAUGAUCACAAAAACCAAAUUCAUUAUGGAUCAAGUUUUCCCUGAUAACGAUUCAAAUGAUCAAAAUGAUAGAGGCCUUGUUCUACAAGGAUUAUGUUCACAUCUUGAAUUACUCAAUCAUUUAUCAUUAACAGCAUCGGGUAGAAGAUAUUUUUUGAAAAGCUCUAUUUCCGAUGAAAUGAUUCGUAUUUUGCAUAAUCACUCAUUGAUGACUAAGGCUUGUAACAAUGAAGAGUUUUUCGAUGUCAAUGUUCGAAUUAUUGCGUAUGCUCUCAUGUUACUAUGCAAUUUAGCUUACGACAAAACAUUGUUGUUAUUAUUAAAACGCACGAAUUUUCGAAAGAUUUUUGAGACAUUAAACCUCGCAAAAGAGUCCAGUAUUAAAUUUGCCAACGAUGCGUUAUCAAAUAUUUUGAGCGAAAAUGAUAUUGAUGAAGAAAAUGAGCCGAUGAAAUUACACCAAGAAUAUUUGGAAUAUUUACAAGAUAACGUAUAUGAACCUCAACAGAGAGUGGCUCAAUAUGGAGCUAGAACUUAUCAAAAUGAGGAUUUGAGUACCAAACAUGUUUUUUUGAGCAAAGAAUUCGUAAGCAACUUGGAAGAUGAUAUUCAAGACCUUUCCAAAACAGAAGACGAAUCCAACUCAAAGAAAUAUAAACGUGUUAUACAGCGUAUGAGAGUAUGUACCAAGCAAAGUACACACGAAGUCGAGUCUCUCUUGGUUCCAGUAAUAGCAUGCUUAAGCUCAACGUUUUAUCUCAGUGUUUUUGAGAAUAUUGAAUUAGCUAAAACGAAAGUAGUAGUCGGAGCACCGUCGACCAGUCAUGAAUUAGCACCGAAACAUAUCUUUUUUAUGUGUGAAUGCCCGAAAUUUCUCAUUCAACAUGGUUAUCAACGACAAAAGGAAGUAAAUGAUACAUUAGCGAAUAAAAUGAUCAAAAACACGAUCACCAUAUUUCAACAACAUUUACCUAUUCUCAGUCAAUCUGAUGGUAAAUCUCGAGAACGUACAGACAAAAAGAACGAAGAUGGAAUAAUCGAUGCAUUGAACUAUCAUAUUACACUGUUAAAUUAUUUUGCCAUGCAACAAUCGAUUCGUUUAGAAUUUUUAAAUACUCCUAUUAUCGAAGAUAUAAUCUCUGUUCUACAAAAUAAAGUAUUCCUUGAUCACUCAGGACGGAUCAAACAAACCAAAUUCAUAGGAUUAUCUUUAACCUUAUUAUACAAUCUCGCUGUAGAUGAACAAAUUCUUGAACUGAUAAAAAGCAAAAAUUUGACCAAUACUUGUACAGAAUUACGUCAUAUCAUCGACAGAGUAGUACAAUUUACUUCUCAGAUUCUUUUGAUCACGUUGGAUAAAACUUUCUUUCAUGAUUUACAAGAAAUGAAUUCACUAUCAAAAAGUUGUAUUGAACAUAUGGAUAGAUCGAGCAAAGUACCAAAGUUAUACUAUCACGGGAUACAACUAAGCUGUCUUUUAAAGAAUCUUAAAACUAUCAUGAAAAAUGGUUCGUUUACUGAUACGUUCGUUGAAGAUCAAGAUAGUACUUCAGCCGUAAUGAAUUGUGUCUCAGCCUUUCAAGAGAAUGAAAAAGCAAAACGCAAAGGUGAAGAUGUACAGAAAGAGCAGCCUGAUCCGGAAAAUCUGGAAAAAAUUCAACAUUUAGCAAUACAUAUCGCCUGGAAAAUAUCUUCUCAUGGACCAAUAAUUACUAAAACAUUCAAACUCAAUGAUUCUUUUGUCGAUCAAGUUCUGAAAUUAUGCAAAAGUUCAGUAGUAAAUUCGAAGAAGAAAGCUGAAGCAAUUAUAUGGAAAUUAGGUAGUGAAAAAAUGAUUCUUUACGAGCAGACACAAAAAGAAGAAGAACGAGCACGAAAUCGACGAGAUAAACAAGCAGAUACGAUGGAUGAUGAACGAGUGGCUACUAUAGAUCAAUGGAAUGAUUCUAUUCCUUUUGAUCUACUGAUGAGUUAUAGCAAUAAUGUCAAUGAUAAAAUCAUCAGUCUAAAAAUUGCUGAUCGUUUGAGGCAAAGAAGUUAUCGAGUAUAUACAGAGAAACAAGGUAAACAUCGUUUGGAAUUAAUGGAAAUUGCAGCAGCGAAAAAAAUACCUAUUCUCGCUUGUUUAUCAUCGAAAUUUCGUGAUUCUAAGUUUUGUAUGGCCGAAGUGGAUUCUGCAAGUAAACAGGAAUGUCCAGUUAUUCCAGUGAUUAUCGAAGAAAAUUAUACAAUAAAAGGAUGGUUGAAUCACAUCAUUGGAGAUCGAAUACCGAUUAAAUUCGCUAAUGAAACUUUUAAUAAAUCACUUUUAGACUUAGUUGUAAAACUGGAAGGGAUGAUACAUUCAGAGGAGAAAAAUUAA